GUGUUGAGGCAUAGAUAGAAAGAAAGCAAAAAGGAAAAGAUGUUGAAGGUGAAGGUGUAUGCGGACCGCAUGUCCCAGCCAUCUCGUGCCGUUCUUAUCUUCUGCAAAGUUAAUGGAAUAGAAUUCAACGAGAUUAAAGUUGAAAUCUCCAAAAGACAGCAGUUAUCUCCCGAAUUUGCAGCUAUCAACCCUUUCAAGAAACUCCCUGCUAUUGUUGAUGGAAGGUUCAAGCUAUUCGAGAGUCACGUAAUUCUUAUCUAUCUUGCUUCUGCCUUUCCUGGUAUUGCUAAUCAU